AUGUCAAUGCGAAUCUUGAACAUGGGCGCUGAUCGUGCACAGGAAUUCCACCUUGGUUAUGACACGUUCGCUAUGUGCACCGUGAUCAUGUUCCUGCAUGCCCUGCGCUACUCGCUUAUCGAGCACGUCUUUGCGAGUCUUCCUAACCCCCCCAAUGGUAUCAAGAUGGACGGCUCAGCUUAUGCCUACCAAGGUUGA